CUCCGCUACCAGGCGGCACAGGAGGAGAGCCCGCUGCUUGGAGCCGGGUUGGGAAGCCCUUGCUACAGCGUCUGUAAACAGAGGAAAUAGCUAAAAAUGACAAGUAGAAGUAUUGAGGAGUCCAUGGGGGCUGUUCAUAUGGGGUUAGUCAGAACACUUAAAGGAUUCCAAAGCAAGAUUUUACCACCCCUGAGUCCAAAGGUGGUUGCAGAAGAUGAAGUAAAUCGAAUGCUGACACCCUCGGAGUUCCUGAAGGAAAUGUCCCUCACCACAGAGCAGAGACUGGCCAACACCCGUGUGAUGUGCCGACCGCAGAUCAUUGAACUUUUAGAUAUGAGGGAAACAACACAUCAAAAGUUUCCAGGAAUUGACCUGGAUCAGGCAUUAUUCCAGCCCUUUCCAUCAGAAAUCAUAUUUCAGAACUACACACCCUGUGAAGUCUAUGAGGUCCCACUGGUUUUGAGGAACAAUGACACAAUUCCAAGGAUGGUGAAAGUUGUUGAGGAAAGUUCACCUUAUUUUAAAGUAAUCAGCCCCAAAGAUAUCAGCCACAAAGUGGCUCCAGGAGUGCCAUCCGUGUUCCGAAUCCUCUUUACUCCCGAGGAAAACAAGGAUUAUGCCCAUAUGUUGACCUGUGUUACUGAAAGAGAAAAGUUUAUUGUGCCCAUCAAAGCUAGAGGUGCACGAGCCAUCAUAGAUUUUCCUGACAAGCUGAAUUUUUCCACUUGCCCUGUCAAAUACAGCACUCAGAAGAUCCUGCUGGUACGAAACAUUGGCAACAAAGAUUCUGUGUUUCACAUCAAAACUCAUAGGCCCUUCUCUGUAGAGCCAUCUGUUGGAACUCUUAAUGUAGGAGAGUCCAUGCAACUGGAAGUGGAUUUUGAGCCACAGACUGUGGGCGAUCACAGUGAGAGACUUAUUGUGCAUUAUGACACAGGUGAAAAGGUGUUUAUAUCUCUGUAUGGAGCUGCCGUAGACAUGAACAUAAGGUUGGACAAGAAUUCCUUGAUCCUUGAGAAAACUUACAUAUCUCUGGCCAAUCAGCGAACUGUAACUAUUCACAACCACAGUAGCAUCAUUGCCCAUUUCCAGUGGAAGAUAUUUGCUACCCAGGUAGAGGAAGACCAAGAAAAGUACAGGGUCUGUGAUGAUCUUAGCAAAAAGGAAAAGAGUAAGACUGAUGAGUUUCUUGAGGAGUGCAUUAUUGAUCUUUCUCUCCGACAACGUCUUUCCAUUCUCUCCCGAACUUUUGAGAAUCAGAGAAAGCUGGUUCAGGCAGACAGCAUGCUCUUCUUGAAUACCAUUUUCACUAUUGAGCCUCUGGAAGGCGACGUCUGGCCCAAUUCAUCAGCUGAAAUCACUGUGUACUUUAAUCCCCGGGAAGCCAAGCUCUACCAGCAGACCAUCUACUGUGACAUUUCAGGUCGAGAGAUCCGUCUGCCCCUCCGAAUCAAAGGGGAAGGAAUGGGACCAAAGAUUCAUUUCAACUUUGAGUUGCUGGAUAUUGGAAAAGUUUUUAUUGGAUCUGUACAUUGUUACGAGGCAGUGCUAUCCAACAAAGGCAGCAUUGAUGCGCUCUUCAAUGUGAUCCCUCCAGUUUCACCUCUGGGGGCCUGCUUUGUUUUCAGUCCCAGAGAAGGCAUCAUCAAACCAAGCGGAGUCCAGGCUGUCCAGAUCUCCUUCAGUUCUGCCAUCCUAGGGCACUUUGAAGAAGAGUUCCUGGUCAAUGUGAAUGGGUCACCUGAGCCUGUGAAAUUGACCAUUAGAGGCUGUGUCAUUGGACCUACCUUCCAUUUUAAUGUUCCUGCUCUGCAUUUUGGUGAUGUUUCCUUUGGGUUUCCUCAUACCUUGAUAUGUUCCCUCAAUAAUACCUCCUUGGUCCCCAUGACCUUCAAACUGCGUGUCCCUGGGGAUGGCGUUGGCCAGCAAAGCAUUUUAAGUUGUGAGCAGUAUUCAGACAACCAAAAACCAUUUUGGAACAAGGAUGAAUUACCUGUAAUAAGACCAAAAGAAUUCACCAUAACCCCCAGCUGCGGCACCAUUCGCUCCCAGGGAUUUGCUGCUAUCAGGGUGACCUUAUGUUCCAACACUGUGCAGAAAUACGAGCUGGCCCUGGUGGUAGAUGUGGAGGGCAUCGGGGAGGAAGUGCUGGCGCUCCUAAUUACAGCAAGGUGUAUUGUGCCUACCCUCCACGUGGUUAAUGCAGAGGUGGACUUCGGGCGUUGCUUCCUGAAGUAUCCAUAUAAGAAAACGAUCCAGCUUGUCAAUGACGACAACCUCCCAGGAUGCUACCGGGUCCUGCCUCAGGUAUAUCAGGAUGUGCCCGCUGUGCUGCUCUCUAGUCCCACGCCCUGUGGGAUCAUCCCCCCGCACAGCACAGUUCACAUACCUCUGACCCUGGAGACCCAAGUGCCUGGGGAAUACAGGUCCACAGUUUACAUCUCAACCUUUGGGAGCCAGGAUCCCCCGAUGGUAUGUCACUUAAAGAGCAUCGGAGAAGGCCCAGUUAUCUAUGUACAUCCUAGUCAAGUUGACUUUGGCAAUAUCUACGUCCUGAAGGACUCCCUCAGGGUUCUCAACUUGUCUAACCAGUCCUUCAUCCCUGCAUUAUUCAAGGCACACAUGGCACACAAAAAGUCCCUUUGGACCAUUGAGCCCAAGGAAGGCAUGGUUCCCCCGGAAAGUGAUGUCAAACUGACACUGACUGCCAACCUGAACGACAUACUGACAUUCAAAGACACAGUCGUUUUGGACAUUGAGAAUAGCAACACCUACCGAAUUCCUGUCCAGGCUUCAGGAGUUGGCUCCACCAUUGUUUCAGAUAAGCCCUUUGCACCAGAACUCAAUUUGGGAGCACACUUUAGCCUGGACACCUAUUACUACCACUUCAAGUUGACCAACAAGGGACGUCGGUCCCAACAGUUAUUCUGGAUGAAUGAAGAUUUCUGUCCCCGAGAAAAGUUGAGCAAGAGGAAACGGGCCAAGAAGGAUCAUGCUAAGAGCCAGCCCCAGGUCCAGUGCUGCCAGGCACCCAGGGAGCCUCAUGGCCCCGUGUUUCAGCUCCACCCUGUCAGGAUGGAGCUGUCCCCAGGCCAGACGAUCGAUGUGAUACUCGAAGGCUAUUCUUCCACUCCCAGGGUAGUCAAAGAAAAGCUGGUGUGCCACACCAUCAUUGGGACACAAAAGGGGAAGAGCCUGGUGAUGACCGUGAACAUCAUCUGUGAGUUUGUGGCGCCGUUCAUCCAGCUCUCCACCAAGCAGCUCGUUUACCGACUGGAGAAGAAACCGAACACUAUCCUAGAACCUGAAUACCAGCCCUUGGCCAUAAAGAACAUUUCCACACUGCCUGUGAAUGUGCUGCUCUCCACAGGUGGACCCUUCUUUAUCUGCGAGACUGAUAAAUCCCUACUGCCCUCAACUCCUGAGCCUGUUAAACUGGAAGUCGGUGAAGUAAAAGACCUGCUGGUCAGAUUUGACCCUUCCUACAAAAAUGAUCUGAACAACUGGGUGGCCGAAGAAGUUUUAGCCAUCAAGUAUGUGGAGCACCCUCAAGUGGACAUCCUGCACCUGCGUGGAGAAGUGAAUUACCCCAACCUCACCUUUGAGACCAUGGAGCUGGAUUUUGGCUGUAUCUUGAAUGACACUGAGGUGAUCCGCUACGUCACGAUCACCAACUGCAGCCCCCUGGUUGUGAAGUUUCGCUGGUUCUUCCUGGUGGACGAUGAGGAAAAUCAGAUAAGGUACCAACCGGCAGGGCAGUCCUGCAGAGCUCUCCUGUGCUUUCAUUUGUUUGCGCUGUCCCAGGGGGAGUCCACCCCAGUAACCUUGGCAUCUGUCAGCUCGGCUGCGGUCCCAGCAGUAGAGUCCCCCGAGAUCGACCUAAGUGAUUUUGUUAAGACUAUUGUUGUGGAUGAAGAUGUUGGAUCUGAAGAAAGAGAAAACAAAAAAGCACAAGUGCCCGCCCUGGCCAUCUCAGACGGAUUGAAAAUGAACUCUGCUGAAACAGAAAGAAUAGACAUGAACCAGAGCCACAGGGAGUUUCAGGAAUCCCCGUGGAGCUUUGAGCGGGAUGAAAUGUUUUCCAUUGGCGUAGAAGAAGUGUUUGAUAUUUUGCCCCUCUAUGGAGUGCUGCAGCCACACAGUAGCCACCAGAUAUCAUUCACCUUCUAUGGACACUGUGACAUCAUUGCACAGGCUAAGGCUCUGUGCGAAGUGGAAGGAGGCCCCACCUAUGAGAUCAUACUGAGGGGAGAGGCCUCCCUGGUCAACUACUCCUUUGACACCAAGGAUAUUAACUAUGGAUUACAGCUGUUCGACCUUGUCACAGAGAAUGAAAUCACUCUCAAGAACACUGGGAAAGUUGGCUUUGAGUUCAGGGUUCUGACUGACCCCCAGUCUUCACCAGACAACCUUCUACCAGGAGUGCCACUCAUCCAGCCUCUCUUAGGUUUUAUCAGUUCCCAUAAAGAGCAAGUAUUGAAGGUUUAUUACUUACCUGGAGUGCCUGAGAUCUUUCAAAGAAGUUUCCAGAUACAGAUUGCCCACCUGGACCCAGAAAAUAUUACUCUGAGUGGAGAGGGAAUCUUUCCCCGAAUCUGCCUCGAUCUCCCCAGGAACCUCAAAGGAUGUGAAAAAUAUAAAAUCUUCUUAAAUCAGGCCAGAAAAAACCUAGAGAAAGAGUACACUAAACCUGCAACGCUUUAUCACUUGGAGACGCCAGAGGAGAACGUGCCUGACGAUGGUUCUUCUGAGUUAAAUGCUCACCUCCAGAUGGAAGUAGAGCGACUUAUAGUCCAAGACUAUGCCAUAGAACAUCAGAAAUCAAUUGUCCCUGCUUCCGUGGAUGACUUCUACCAUCGGAGUCGCCGUAAACCAAUCAAAGUCCAGCUACCAGAAUACAUCCUGGACUUUGGCUACAUCAUCCUCGGUGACGUCCAAACCCACAUCAUCAAGAUCACCAACACCAGUCACUUUCCAGUGUCCUUCCAUGCAGAGAAGCGUGUCCUUCAUGACACAGGCUUUAGUAUUGAGCUAGAUCGUGUGAAGAAUCUGCCUUACUGUGAAACAGAAACAUUUGAAGUGCGAUUCGACACACAAGGGGGCAACGUUUCUGUUGGCAACAAAGAGGUCAUUCUGCCCAUCAAGGUGGUUGGAGGGCCACCAGUUCACAUCUGUCUCCAAGCCAAGGUGACCGUUCCCAGUAUGACACUGUCUUGUGGAAAAGUGGAGUUUGCCACAAUUCAGUGUGGACAGUGCCUUGUGCAAACUAUUCAGCUUUCCAAUCAUCUCCAAGUCCCUUGUGAAUGGUUUGUCCAGAGCCAUAAGCAAGUUGUUAGCAAGCUGGAGAAACACAUGCCAAAAUACUUAAGACGCAAACUAUGUGCUGAAUUAAAGCCAAAGACACGGAUCUUUGAGAUUCAGCCCACUUCUGGGGUCUUGGAUCCUGGUGAGAGGUCCAACGUGCAGGUGAAAUUCAUGCCCAAAGAGGAGAAAUUCUACAGCCAAACCUUGGUGUUCCAGAUUUCCCAGAGUGCUCAAAAGCUUACUCUGCUGGCGGAGGGGCAAGGUCUAGAGCCACGCUUGGAAUUUAGUCCCUCAGUUCUGGAGCUGGGGCCCCUGCUGCCCUACGCAGCUGGAGAUGAGGCCGAGGUGGUGGUGAAGAAUCCCUGCAGCUUUCCCAUUGAGUUUUACUCCUUAGAAUUUGACCAGCAAUAUCUUGUAGAAGAGAAGAUCUUGCGAACACUGAAGGGCUAUGAUUCCUACAACUCUCUGCUGCUGCCUCCUCGCCUUCCGGGGGAGAAGCUGCCCCCAGAGGUGUAUGAGUACUUCAGGGAGAUAAAGCGGUCCAAAGAGGAGCAGAUGAAGGUGAAAUAUCUGGAGAGUCUUGCGCAGGAGAACGAAGAGGACGACGGUCCCUUGUCAGAGCAGGGCACUUCGGCAAGCACAAAGAGGACCUCGCUCAGCCGAGGGAUCUCUGUGACAUCCAACCUGGAAGAGCGGCACAUCCCAAUGGUCGAGUCCAAGACCUACCCGGAGGAAGAGGAGGAUGAGGAUAGCCUGGUGUUGCAAACUGACAAGAUUCAGAGUAUUGACAGCCACUCUGCAGAGGAGGUUGGAGAAGUAGAGAACAACCCAGUGAGCAAGGCCAUUGCUCGCUACCUGGGCAUUGACAUCUCUGCAGAAGGCCGCAUGGCCAAGAACCGGAAAGGCAUCGCCAUCAUCAUCCAUGGGACGCCCUUGUCAGGAAAGUCAGCCACCGCAGUCAACAUGGCCAGGUACUACAGCGCUGCCUGCCUGAACCUUGACUCUGUUGUGCUGGAAGCCAUCUCUGACAGCAGCAAUGUCGCAGGCAUCCGCGCCCGGGAGCUCUGCAUUCGGGCUGCUAUAGAGCAGUCCAUGAAGGAGGAGGAGUCUGCCCAGGAAGCUGCUCCUGUGAGUCAAAAUGCCGUGGGACAAUUGCGACUGAGCAGUGAGACCCUGGGCAAGUUAACUUCGGAAUCCACUCUGCUAACUCCCGAAGUGAAACCUACCAAGCCUGUGCGUGGGAGUGUGCUGCUCACCAAGGGCAAGGCAGAGAGCCAUGGCUCGGGGUCUCAGAAGCAGCAUCACCAGCACGCGUCCGAAACGCCCCAGGUUUCCUCCAGCCCUCUCCCCUCGGGGCCCACGCAGCGUCGACUCAGUGUUAGUGCCAGUGUUGGAGGUGAUACUGGGCUCAUGAGCUGCGUGCUCCCUGAGGAGCUAUUCACUCAGAUCCUGGCCGACCGAAUUCAGCUGAGUGACUGCUACCGAGGAGUGGUGUUUGACAGCCUGGAGACACUCUUUGCUCGGAACGCAGCUACCGCUCUCCUCUGCCUGCUGAAGGCCAUCGGCAAUCGGGAGCACAUCUAUGUCAUCAACAUGGCCCAGGAUUACACAGCCAUGAAGGCCCGGGAGAAAGCCAAAAAUGAACAAGAAGAGCACAAACGCAGGGAAGCACAGAAGAGAGAGAAAGAGCGUCUCCAAAGCAUGGGUGAGGAAGAAUAUGAUGCCUUGACAGAGGAGGAGAAAAUAACCUUCAACCGAGAGGUCCAGCAAGCCCUGCGGGAGAGGAAGAGGAGGGAGCUGGAGAGACUGGCAAAGGAGAUGCAGGAAAAGAAGCUACAGCAGGAACUUGAGCGACAGAAGGAAGAAGAUGAGCUAAAACGGAAGAAUAAAAAGCCAAAGCAGGGACCCGUAAAGGAGGAGCCGUCCAUGAAGAAAUCUCAGAUACCAAGCCGGCAGAUUCUUACUUUUUCCAAACUAGAGGUGAAGAUUGACGCAGUAGAAAGAAAAGCGUCCGUCAGAGAGCAGGUAGCUGUGGAGAAGGAGAUGGAUAAGAGGAGGAGGAACCUCUUGUCAGAUAUCAACAUGCUUUGGUUUCCUCUUGUCCAGGAGCAAGAAGACAGCGAGGGGGACCUCCCGAAGGACACUGACAAGAACAUGGCCCAGAAGUUUAAGACCUUCGAGCUGACCCUGAAGGACAUCCAGAACAUCCUCAUGUACUGGGACCGGAAGCAGGGGAUUCUGCUGCACCACAUCGGCGCUGAGGACAUGAGCCAUGAGGAGGGGGCCGACCAGCGCCAGGUUCCCUCCGGCGGACGCCGAGGCCGCAAGGACCGGGAGCGGGAGCGCGCGGAGAAGGAGCGAGCCGAGAGGGAGCGCCUGGAGCGGGAGAGGGCCGAGAGGGAGCGGCUGGAGAAGCUCCGUGCACAGGAGGAGCGCAGCGACGGAGGCGAGGGCGAGGAGGAGGACCACGAAGGGAAGAAGGAUCUGGGUGUGCCGUUCAUAAACAUCCAGACGCCUGACUCGGAAGGCUCGAGCUGGAAGCAGGCCCUGGAAAAUGAGAGGCUUCCUAAAGGGGAACAGAUCCUAGAUAUCUUGGGCCUGGGCUCCUCUGGACCACCUAUCCCACCACCUGCUUUAUACUCAAUCAUCUCCUACCCUGUGAAGCGACAGCCUUUGGCCAUGACAGAAAUCCUGAAGCGUUUCGUGUUUGUAACUCCACCCUCUGAAGACUUCUCCCUGAUUGAGGAGAAAAGAGAAGUGGAAGCAGAAACAGAGCUUUCAACCACCCCAGGCUCCUCGAAGACCCAGGAGGAGCAAAUCACCUCAUCUAAAGGGAGCAAACAGAAAACGAAAGAAAAAGAGAAAGAAAAAACGGAUCAGCCACGUGAGACUCAGAAGGAGAAACGUCGAAUGGCCUUCAACAGGAAGGGCCUUUCUGCAGGAACUUCGGGAACCAUUGCUCCACUGUCGGACGUAGAGCAAAACAACUUAUCUGGGCAGCAUUCCCAGGAGAAAUUCACCAGGCUGAAUCAUUUCCGGUGGAUCGUGCCUGCCAACGGUGAGGUGACAUUGCGCCUACACUUCUCUUCCAACGAUCUUGGGAUCUUUGACCAAACAUUUAACUUUGAGAUCCUUGGAACUCACCGCCAGUACCAGCUUUACUGCCGAGGUGUCUGCACUUACCCAUACAUUUGCCAAGACCCAAAGGUGGUAUUCCCUCAGCGGAAGAUGGACAUGAAGGCAAAUGAGAUCAUCUUUAAGAAGUAUAUUGUGAGCAUGGAGAGGUUUCACUUCGGACCACUGCUUUGUGGGAAAUCAAGAGAUAAGUACAAGUCCUCCUUGUUCCCAGGCAACAUGGAGACACUGACAAUCCUGAACAGCUCCCCAAUGGUCGUGGAGGUAUUCUUCUGUUUUCAGAAUGACAUCAAAGCAAACACCUACUUCCUGGAGCCCAUCAACAUGAUUCUGAAACCCAAUGAGAAGCAGAUGCUGACUGUAUGGGCCUACCCUACUGCAGUCGGGGUCUUUGAAGACAGCAUUGUGUGCUGCAUCAAGGAGAACCCCGAGCCAGCUGUCUUCAAGUUAAGCUGCCAGGGUGUCCGCCCAGAACUGGAGCUGGAUCCCAGACAAUUGCAUUUUGACCGGCUCUUGCUGCACAGAAAAGACUCCAAGGCAGUUCUUCUCCGCAACAUCACACUCCUGCCCCUGGCCUGGAGGAUCACCAGCCUGGAGCACCUGGGCGAAGACUUCACCGUGUCCACCAUGCAGGGGAUCAUAGCCGCCAAGUCUGAGUAUAGCCUUCAGGUGCAGUUCCAGCCCUCCAAACCUGUCAAUGUCAAGAAGGCAAUCCGGUUGGAGGUUUUGGACGCAGACAACCUCAUUGGUGUCGUUCAGAUUGAAAACAUCCUGAUCUUUGCCGAGUCCUAUGACGUUGCCUUAGACAUCACCUUCCCCAAAGGAGCUGAAGGAGGCCUUGAUUUUGGGAUUGUGAAGGUCAUGGACGAGGUGAAGCAGCCCCUGCAGCUGAAGAACCGUGGGAAAUAUGAGAUCAUGUUCAGCUUUUCUGUGGACUCCUUAGGGAUUUCUGCAGCCAAUAUAAGUUCCAUGAUCACAGUCCAACCCAAGAAGGGCUCACUGACCAUGACAGAAAAGCCCACAAAUGUCCAGGUGCUCUUCCAUGCAAAAAAGGAAGUGAAAAUCGAGAACCAGCCAGUUCUGCGCUGUCAGAUUAUUGAGCCUAAUAUCUCAGAAGGAGGUGAAAUGAUUGCCAGCAUCCCGAUAAAGCUUUCUGUGACUGCGGUGUUCUCCAAAUACAGCAUCAGCCCCUCCUCCAUCAUCAACUUCGGGGCUUUGAUCUACGGCACUCGUAAAAGCGCCUUCUUCACCAUAGAAAAUCAAGGCAUGAUCGACUUCAAGUAUGCCCUGUAUAGGCUGACAGGGGAGAGCCCCAUUCAUCAGAAGAAAGUAGCCACCCAUAUUAGACAUGCAAGAUCCCGGGAAAGCGAGAGCUUCUACAAGACUGGACCUUCCAAAACAACCAAGUUCUCUGACUCUGUUCAGAAAGACAUGAACGUCACAAGCCAGGCUCGCUUCACCCACGGGAUGUUCACCGUGUACCCUGGGUUUGGUACCAUCCCUUCCGGAGGGAUGCAGGUCAUCACUGUUGACUGUGUGGCUGACCCCGUGGGAAGAUGUGAAGAGUUCAUAGCAAUUGAUAUCUCUGACCGAGAUCCAAGAGACCAGCCUGCUGGCAUCCCAUACAGCCUGUUGGCUGAAGCCUGUCAGCCAGCCUUUGUGACUGACAACAACAGCUUGAUAUUUGAGGAGCACCAGCUCUGUAGCAGCUCCAGCCUGAAUAGCAUCCUGCAGACCAUAGAGAGCGGGGGCUUGUAUGUGGAGGAUGAGAACAAGUUCAUCUUCUGCAACGUCCUGGUGGGCCAUCAGGCCAAGGCUCGGUUCAAGAUCUGCAAUGUGGGAAAGAUCGCCUGUGACGUGAACCUCGUGGUUAAGCCCAUCUCCAGCAAGGUCUUUGCCCGCAUCACCGAUAUCUUUGAAGUGGAACCCAACAAGAUGUGUGUUGCUAGCCGCUCACACGCCUUUGCCACAGUGUCCUUCACCCCACAGACCAUGCAGACCUACCAGUGCAUCUUUGAGGCCACCUUGGAUGGCUUGCCCAGCAACCUGGCCAAGAACCGAAGCCUUGUGUUCGAUAUCGUUGGAGAGGGGAACCUCCCUCGGGUGACCAUCAUGCGGCCAGUUCUCUACAACCAAUAUGGAAACCUCUUACUUCUCUUUAAGAGGCUUCUGCUUGGUCGUUCAGAGACACUGCCUCUUAUCCUCAAGAACAGCGGUGCCAUCCCCGCCAAGCUGCACGUUGAUAUACAGGACCAACUAGGAGUCUUCUCCCUGAAAGGGAAGCCCUCUACCUCCUAUAUCUACAUCACAGAGGAAAACAAACCACAAGCAAAAGCAAAGAAACCUCACACAGCUUCCCUGGUUGUUCCUCCUGGAGAAACAGCCGAAUUUGAUGUUGUUUUCCACUCCAAGAAAGUCGGGAGAAUGGCAGGCACCCUUCACUUGUCAGUGAUCAACAACCAGUAUGAGGAUACAGUCAUCCACAUAGUGGGAGAGGGCUAUGAGGAUGACAUCACCUUGGACAACAUCCACGGGCUGGUGGCUUCCUCCAGCCAGGAGUCCUCAGAUAUCUCUGAGGCCAAUGAGGAAAGCAGCAUAGAAGACUUGGUGGCAGCUGCUCUGGUGAAUCAUAUCCAGUUCGGGGACUGCCACAUUGGAACCAGCUAUAAUGUGAGCUUCACCAUCACUAAUCACAGCCAAGCGAAUGUGAUACGGUUUGAAUGGCCGCUUUUGGCUACCGUUUCUUUCUCCCCACAGAUGGGCCACCUCCACCCUGGCUGUGCCAAGGACGUCGUGGUCACCAUGAAGUCAGACGUGCCCAUCAACCUGAAGAAGAUGGGGGUCAAGUGCAAGGUCUCCAAGAUCAUGUUUCCGCUCCCUGCAGACCAAGUACCUGACUGGGAUGACCGCAUGCGGACGGUCAAGUGGGUGGACGUGCCCAGAAACACUCCCGGGACUUUCACUACAAAGCGAAAAGUGAUAGAGACUGAUCCCGAGCCGGCUUACUCAGUCCUAGAAGAGAACUAUCGAGAACUGCAGCUGCAAAUCAGUGCCCACGUGAAUUUUGCCUCAUAUAAGUGCCAGACUACCGACGUGCACUUUAAGGAAACACUGAUUUACCAGACUCGAGUGUUUGAGUUUGAACUGAUUAACUCAGGAAAUGUGCAGCUGGAAUUCAGCUGGAUCUCAGAAGAGACAGCAAAGGCUGUCAGCUUUGCCAUGCCAGACAACCAAGGUUUCUCCCAAAGAGACCAGCUUAGCCAGGGCACGCUGCACACAGUCAGCACAGUGGACAGUGCCGUGGACCACUGGAACGAAACUUCCCUGCCACCCUUCUCUGUGGAGCCCGUCUCGGGUAUCGUGCCGGCGGGGAAGACUCAGAAGCUCAAAGUGAAAUUCUCCCCAUUGGAAGUUGGAGACUUCGAGAGCAAUCUUUUCUGCCAGAUUCCUAACCUGCCACCCGGAGAGCAUGGCCCAGUCCUGUCAGCCAAAGGGCGGAGCUCCCUGCCCAUCUGCCAUUUUGACCUGAAAGAUUCAGACUACAUCAUCAGUCGUCGGCGCAACCCAGACCUCCGAGGGCCUAGUGGUGGGGCUCUGGAUCCGAACACCCGGGUGAUUGAGUUCACCAGCGUGGGCAUAGGAGGGAAGAAUCUCCGAACCUUUACAAUAUUAAACCCGACCAGCAGUGCCUACACCUUCUCCUGGGUCUCUGAAGAAAUUGAAAGUCUCCAGAACCCUCCAGCCUUCACAUGCCUUACAGAGAAGGGCCUCAUCCUCCCUGAAAAGAAAGCUGAGGUUAUCUUCCAGUUCACACCUUCCCAUCUGGACAUCUCGGAGGCAUUCUGGACUUUCUUAAUCCCCGAACACAACAUCACAGUCCCUUUCCUGCUGGUAGGCAAAGCCACUGACCCUCUCAUCAAUUUGGACAAGUCACACAUCAACUUCAGUUGUCUCCUCAUGGGCAGAGAAGCCAGGGAGACUGUGAAGAUCAUCAACAAGGAGGAGCAGGAGUUCCACUUUGCCUUCCAGGACACCUCCCGGUAUUCUGAAGCUUUCAGCAACAGCCUGGUUGUAUGUCCCAUGGAAGGCUGGGUCCCCCCACUGUCCAGGUUCCCAAUUGAUAUUUUCUUCACACCGAAGAAAGAAGGAGAUGUGAACUUUAAUUUGAUCUGCAAUGUGAAAAAGAAAGCCCACCCUCUGACCUUAAAUGUCAAGGCUGAGGGCUACUCUGUGAACGUGGAGGUCAAAUGCAAGGACAGGAAUGGCUCCAUCACUCUCCUGACUCCCAACCAGACUACCACUGUCAACUUCUAUGAGGUGGAAUUGAAUGAGUGUGUCCAGUGUGAAUUCAGCUUUAUCAACACUGGAAAGUUCAACUUCAGCUUCCAGGCGGAGCUGUCCGGCCCCAGAUCUGCGCUACAGUACUUGGAAUUUUUACCCACCAAUGGCAGUGUGGACGUGGGGCAGAGUGCACAUGCCUCCCUGUCUUUCCGGCCAUUAAAGAAAUGUGUCUUGAAGGGUCUGGAACUCAAAAUCAAGAUCAGCCAUGGUCCAACAUUUACAUGCAUCAUCUCAGGGUGUGCUGUGAGCCCAGCUGUCCACUUCUCCUUCACCAGCUACAACUUCGGCACUUGCUUCAUCUACCAAGCUGGCAUGCCCCCAUACAAGCAAACCCUGCUUGUCACCAACAAGGAGGAGACAGCUAUGAGCUUGGAUUGUUUGUACACCAACACCAGCCACCUCGAGGUGAAUUUCCGAGUCGAUGUGAUAAAGCCAGGAAAGACACUGGAGAUCCCCAUCACCUUUUAUCCUCGAGAAACUAUCAGUUAUCGAGAACUCAUCCCCUUUGAAAUCAAUGGGCUAUCGCAGCAAGUAAUUGAAAUCAAAGGGAAAGGAACGGAAAUGAAGAUUUUAGUCCUAGAUCCAGCCAAUAAGAUUGUGAAGUUAGGAGCCAUCCUACCUGGGCAGGUGGUGAAAAAAAUGGCUUCCAUCAUGAACAACAGCCAAGCCCAGCUCACAUUUAACCUGUCAGUCAUGUUCUCAGCGGAACUCCAGGAAACCAAGGUCAUCACCUUGUCACCAUUCCGCAACAUCACUCUGAAGCCCAGAGAGGUUCGGAAGCUGGAAGUCACCUUCGCCCCGCUGAAGCGUGUCCCUCCCUUCUCCGAGGAGGUGUUCAUGGAGUGCAUGGGGCUCCUGCGGCCUCUUUUCCUCAUCAACGGCUGCUGCCAAGCCCUGGAGAUCUCCCUGGACCAGGAGCAUCUUCCCUUUGGACCAGUAGUGUGUCAGACACAAGCCACGCGUCGCAUCCUCAUGUUGAACACGGGUGACGUGGGUGCAAGGUUCAAAUGGGAUGCCAGAAAACUUGAGCCUCUGUUCUCCAUCAGCCCAGAAGAGGGCUAUAUCACUGCAGGCAUGGAGGUUUCUUUCGAAGUGACUUACCAUCCUACCGAGGUGGGCAAGGAGACUCUCCACAAAAACUUGCUCUGCUUCAUCCAAGGAGGCAGUUCUCUGAGCCUAACCCUGUCUGGAGUGUGCGUGGGACCACCUUCAGUAAAAGAGGUGGUGAAUUUCACCUGCCAGGUGCGCUCCAAGCACACACAGACCAUCAUGCUUUCAAACCGCACCAACCAAACCUGGAAUCUGCACCCCAUCAUUGAGGGCGAGCACUGGGAGGGGCCCGAGUUCAUCACCCUGGAGCCUCACCAGCAAAACAAGCCCUACGAGAUCACCUACCGGCCCCGCACCAUGAACGUGGAGAACCGCAAACAUCAGGGCACCCUCUUCUUCCCCCUCCCAGAUGGGACUGGCUGGCUGUACAUGCUGCACGGGACUUCCGAGCUCCCCAAGGCGGUGGCCAAUAUCUACCGUGAAGUGCCAUGUAAGACACCCUACACUGAGCUCCUGCCAGUCACCAACUGGCUGAACAAGCCCCAGAGAUUCCGGGUCAUUGUGGAGAUACUGAAGCCAGAGAAGCCUGACAUGAGUGUCACCUUAAAGGGCCUUGACUACAUUGAUGUGCUGUCCUCCUCCAAGAAAGACUACAAGCUGAACUUCUUCUCCUACAAGGAGGGGCUGUACACAGCAAAGGUGAUCUUCCGAAACGAGGUGACCAACGAGUUCCUAUACUACACGUUGAGUUUCAGGGUCAUCCCUUCAGGCGUCAUCAAAACCAUUGAGAUGGUGAGCCCCGUCCGGCAGAGCACCUCGGCCUUCAUCAAGGUGGAAAACCCCCUGCCCUACAUGGUGACCUUCUCCACGGAGUGCAGGAUGCCCGACAUCAGCCUGCCCUCCCAGUUCGUGGUGCCGGCCAACUCUGAGGGAACGUUCACAUUUGAAUUCCAGCCCCUGAAAGCUGGAGAAACCUUCGGGAAACUGACACUGCACAACAGCGAGCUGGGUUACUACCCAUAUGAGCUCAAUUUGAAAGCCUUGCCAGCACUGCCUGAAAAGCCCGUCCACUUCCAGGCUGUUCUUGGCAGCGGCCAGAGCAUCUUUGCCAAGUUCACCAAUUACACUCGGCAGAAGACAGAAUACUACUGCAGGACUGACUGUCCAGACUUCCACACGGAAAAGGUCAUCUACGCGGCGCCUGGGGCACAGGGCGGCACGGAGGUCAGCGUGGAGGUGUACUUUGAGCCCAGCCACCUGGGCGAAAGCAAGGGCAUCCUGACCCUGUCGUCGCUCGCGGGCGGCGAGUACACCAUCCCCCUCUUCGGGGUGGCCCUGGCCCCCAAGCCGCAAGGCCCCUUCCUGAUCCGAGCCGGCUACAGCAUCGUCAUCCCCUUCAAAAACGUCUUCUACCGCCCCGUCACCUUCUCCUUCCUCGUGGAGAACAGCGCAUUCUCCAUCCGCGCUGCGGACUCUGUGAAGCCCAAGAAGAUCAACAACAUCACGGUCUACUUCGAAGGAAACCCAUCAGGCAGCAAGACGCCCAUCACCAGCAAGCUGAUUGUGACCUGCCCGCCCGGCGAAGGCAGCGACACUGGGAUUAAGUGGGUUUAUUACCUGAAGGGGAUCACCCAGUAGUGAGAAGCAGGGUUGGCAGCACCAUCAAAAAGCCAUCUCAUCAGCCGUUAAGACCUUUGUGUUGUUCUAAGCCCCACAAAGAAUAGAGAAAAUAAUAAGAACUCUAAAGGUACUAUCUCCAAUUCAAUUAUAAGGGCACUUAUUUCCACAUUAUAUGAAUUCCAAAUAUCUAUAUGAAAUACAGAUACUCCAUGUUUAACAAGGUAACUAUAUAAUGCAGAGCUAUAUUUUACUUUCCAAGAGCAAGUCUCUCAAUUUGGUUUCUUAAUAAACCUGCA